AUGUUUCCAGGGGGAUUCACGCCCAGAUUUGGCGCGUUCGCUUGGGAUAGUGCCGUCGUCGUUGGCGUUAAAGGCACGGCACUCAAAGACACGUUGGGUAAAGACUUAAUAUGGGAUCUGAGUGGUUCUUUUGGACGGCACCAUGCCGACUUCUUUAUCUUUAACACCGUCAAUGCUUCACUCGGACCCGAUACACCGACAUAUUUUGAUCCGGGCGACUAUAUCCAAACGGAUUAUAACCUCAACUUCGAUGUCGCCUAUCCGUUGAGCGACAUGGUGUUCCUCGCCUCUGGUUUGGAAUAUCGGGACGAAGGAUUUGAAAUCAUAGAGGGCGAACGCGAGUCGCAUCAGAUCGGACCUCUUGCAGCUCAAGGUUUCACUGCUGCCUCCAACGGAUUUUCAGGGUUCAGCCCAGUUGCGGCAGGCAUGUGGCACCGUUACAACGUCGCUGCCUAUCUGGAAACUGAAAUCAGACCGAUUGAUCCGCUGCUGAUCGCGCUUGCUGUACGCGGUGAAAACUUUGAGGGUUUCGGUAGCACGCUGAACUACAAAGCCGCUGCAAACUACAAGGUUACGGAAACGAUGCGGUUGCGGGGAAGUUAUAGUACUGGGUUCCGCGCACCGACACCCGGGCAGCAAAAUACGUUCAACAUUACUACUGAAUACGAUUUUGAAAAGGGUGAUCUCGUUAAUAACGGAACAAUUCCUUCUACCAACGCUGCUGUUGGCGUUGUGACAGGCAAGGAAGAUAACUCGCUUGACCCGGAAACAUCAAAUAACUUCACAGGUGGAUUUACCGUCGAUAUUUUGGGCGUAAAUUUCACCAUUGACUUUUUUGAUAUUCGGCUGAAAAACCGGUUAUCUGUGUCACAAGACUUCAAAUUGAAUGACGUCCAGAAGGCGCAGCUCAUCGAGGAAGGUGUAACCAGUGCGGCGAAUCUGGAACAAUUCCGGUUCUUUAUCAAUGAUUUCAGUACCACAACCAAUGGUGUUGACUUUGUCGUUACAGCACCAAUACCCAACGGAACCCUCAUUGCCGUGUAUAACUUCACGAACACCACAGUUACCGAUCACAAUCCUGCCACGCUGAACGAUGAUCGAAUCAGGGAACUGGAAGAGAACUUACCCGGACACCGUGCCAACCUGACUGUCGUUCAAUCCAUAACGGAUGCGUGGGGCGUGCUCGGGCGCGCCAGUUAUUUCAGCGGUUGGUUCGAUUCUGAAGAUUACUUACAGAAUCCAGAUGUGGAAGGAACUGGAGAAUACACUGGAAGGGUUAUUUUCGACUUAGAAACCUCUUACACCGUGGGGUCCGGAUUGACUCUCACUCUCGGUGGAAGAAAUAUCCUUAAUACCUAUCCCGAUGAAAAUCCGAAUGCUGCUGGUUCUGUUGGUAACAAAUACGGACAAUUCAGUCCGUUUGGGUUUGAUGGCGCGUACUGGUAUGCCAAAGUCGGAUACAGUUUCUAA